AUGAAGUUCUGGAGCCCCAUUCUUGCUGUCGCGCUCCUCGCCUCCUUCGUCGCUGGCCAGGACACAACUGUGACUGACACCGCGACUGACACUGCGACUGAUACUGCGACUGAUACGGCGACUGAUACGGCGACGAGCAUAACCCUCGACCCAACGUCGGUUUCGGACGUGUCUUCCUCAGUAGCGACAUCCCUGUCGUCGUUGAUCUCGUCCAUCUCGUCCGAUAUCAGCUCGGACAUCAGCAGCCUCUCGUCGCAGAUUUCCACCGCCACCGACUCAGCAAGCUCGGUGAUCGACACAGCAACGUCCAUCGCGGCCGACCCCACUGCGGUGACGGGAGCAGCCAACCCUGCUGCAACGAACGGUGUGGCGGCGAUCGGCAUCCUUGCUGGGAUUGUCGCUGCGCUUGUGUAA